CUUUUUUCUUUUUUCUUUGCUACAAUGGAUCUACCUUCUAAUUACGAAAAUUACGACGAAUUUGUAGUUCAUUUGAAUCACAAUGCAUAUGUAGAUGAAACAGUACCAUUCUAUGACCAUAUGUUUUCUGUCUUCCCGCGUACUGUUUAUGAUGUUACUGAUACCAUGUUCAAAAAUGGUGUUGAUAUGCAAGGCAUUAUCUGGUCACAGCAACGAAUCAGUAGAGAAACUUAUAGGAAUCAAAGACUGAAAGAUUAUGAUUCUUAUCUUAGUUUGAAGAAGGAUAAAGGAGAUCUCACAGUGGAAGAUUCAAUCAAGAAUCAAAAGGUCAAAACAGUAUCACACAAUCAACAAUAUUAUGAAUUCAAGUUUGCAAAAUUAAAGGAAGCUUGUCGGAUUGGUCACUUUCAAUUACGAAAUCUUUUAUGGGCCACAUCAAAGAAUACAGUUUAUUAUAUUCGUGGUAAUACAGUUCGACAAUGGUCACCACAACGAAAAGAAAGCAAAGAAAUACUGGAUCUUGACAAUACCCAAACCAAUUACUUUCGUACAAUGAAAAUCAGUAGUAUGGCAUGCAAGGACGAUAUUUUAUUUGUUGGUGGAUUCUUGGGUGAUUAUUUAUUACAGCGAAUUGGACCUGAUACAACAACAAGCUCUCAUUACGGUCUCAUUUCAAAUCAAAAUACGGGGAUAGUGAAUCAUGCGGAUAUUAUCAUGGGUAAAAAUGGAAAUUGGAAGAUUCUGGUGUCGGACAAUGAUACAAAAGCAAGAUUAUUGGAUGUUAAUUCUUAUGCAGUCGAAAAAACAUAUACGUUUGCUUUUCCAGUCAAUUGCUCCGCUAUGUCUCCUGAUAAACGUGUUCUAUGUGCUGUGGGUGAUUCAACUGAAACACAUCUAGUGGAUGCUGCAUCUGGAAAAAAUAUCAAGGUGAUGAAUGAUCAUCAUGAUUUCUCUUUUGCUUGCUGCUAUAGUCCAGAUGGAAUGACAUUAGCAACAGGGAAUCAAGACAAAACGACAAGAAUUUAUGAUGUUAGGAAUUUGUCACGAAGUUUACAUGUACUUGGAGCAAAUGUUGGUGCUAUUCGAUCUCUUCACUUUUCCAGUGAUGGCAAAUAUUUAGCCAUGGCAGAGCCUGUUGAUUUUGUUCAUAUAUUUGAUACCCAUACCUAUGAAAAUAGUCAAGUUAUAGACUUUUUUGGUGAUAUCGCUGGUGUUGCAUUUACUCCAGAUGAUCAAGCUUUGAUGAUUGCAAACAAUGAUGAUAAUGUUGGUGGCAUCUUUGAAUUCCAGAGAAGUCAACGUGAAAUACCUUUAUUUAUAGUCUAGUUUUUUUUUUUUUUUUAU